UACGACCUCAAUUGGAAAUCAAUUUACUAAGUGGUUUAAAUGCGUUACGAUGGUUAAUCAUUUUCCCGCCUCACGCGUAGCAGCCAUGGUGGAUGACUCGCUUGCAUUCCGACGUUUGUUGAAGGGUCCUUAUCUGGACUUCGCAUCGGUGGAGAAGGAUCUGAAAGAGUUUCAGAUUAAAACGGCGACUUCCUUUGUUCGUCGUAACGUGCAAUCUGCGAAGGCGUACGAAAGGGAGACUGGACAGGUGCUACCGGAUGGAUGCCCAUACCGAUAUAUUCUGUUUGUAUGUGUGCAUGGGAGGCGCAGUAAUGUCACUGGAAAGCGGUACCGAUGUUACGAUUGCCCUGCGCGUUUUUCUGUGACGUAUAAGGGCGAAUGUUACGAAAUUGGGAAUGCGUAUCUGUGGCAUUCGCACAGCUUCCAAGUUGGGAAGCCUUGGUUGUAUGCGUGUAAUCGGAGGCUAUCGGAAGAGCAGGAGAGGCUGGUGCUUAACUUAAUGAGAACGUUUCGUCGGACCCAGGAGAUGCGGGCCUUUGUGCGGCAGCAGUAUGACAUUCGUUUAACAAGGAGGGAUUUGUAUGUUAUGCGGCGGCGUCAUCGUAAGGCCUGUGUCACAGAGGUGGAGGAGGUGACUCAAAUGUUGCAAAGAAAUGGUGAAGUGAAAAUUCUGCAUGCGGGUAAUCAGAUUCGUUACCUAUUUUUCGUACCCUCGCGCAUGCUUGAAUUGGUGGGCCAGUACGGGGAGGUAAUUUUGGCGGACUCCACGUAUCAGAUCAACUACGGAGGCUACAUCCUGUGGCAUUGCAUGUUUGUGGAUGUCAGCGGCCUCGGUAUGAGCUUCUUUUAUGCCCUGUUGCCUAAUGAGACGGAGGUAGCUUACGAGGAGGCAGUGAGAGGUAUGUUGGAAUUGGCCCCCUCGGUUGCCGGUGCUCGGACGUUGGUGAUGGACAAGUGCGCGGCGCAAGUGAACGCGUUCCGUAAUGCGUACCCCAAUGCGAACAUUGUUUUCUGUCGGGUACACAUUAUGCGUGACAUGCGGCGGCGUUGCUCACACCUUCCGCUGUGUAACCCUGAAGAUAAGAGAGCUCUUUUCAGCAUGCUGCGGUCAUUGUUGUAUACGUACGACUGCGCUCAUUACCAUCGGAUUAUGGAAGCGAUAUCUCUGCGGAGCGCAGAAUGCUUCCAAUACCUGCGUCGUACAUGGAUUCCAUGGCGGCUUAGCUGGGCGGCGCAUCUGAUGGACCAUGUAGUUUUAUUUGGAUGCGACAGUACCAAUCGCAUUGAAAAUGAGAACAAGCAUCUGAAAGAAACUUUGAGUGAACGGUCCACGUUACUUCACCUGUUUCAAGUGAUAGUGCAGCGUGCAAGUAGCAUGAUUGAGGAGAGGGAAACACUGCUGGGCAGAGAUCAACUUGGUGAAUGCCACGUUCAGCACGGAGCCAGCGUUGGGGACGUGAUAUUGCGCAGGCUCUCGUCUUACGCCCGGCGGCAGUACGCGCGGCACAGUGUUCGUGUUCGUAUUCGCAGCGUCAACGAAGGCGUUGGUUGUUGGCUGGUGGAGGACGAGCGCAUUGGUAUGCAACGUGUUGUCAUCGGAAAUGGCUGCGCUUGUGGAUGCAGAUUUAAUCGGCAGUGGCGCAUUCCAUGUGCGCACAUAAUACACGUUGCGAGCCUGCACGCCUACCAGGAGGAGGAUGUGCUUCGUGGUUGCCGUUGGGUAUUGCCAUCGAUAAGCACAUGUGCGCCGAUGUUUUCGGAGGAUACGGAAGGGACGUUGACGGUGGCUCCGGUGAGAUGCCCCAGUGAUGUAGUUCUUGAUCGGGCGGCGAAAAUUCGCAUCACUCGGGAUAUGUUUGCGUCUCUGGAAACGCAGAUUCUGAGCAUGGGCACGGAGGAGUUCCAGCGCACCAUGGGUGUGUUCGCAUGCGUGCGGGAGCUGCUCACAAGCCACAAUGAUGUUCAGCUUUACGCGCGGUCAUCGCAGUUGCAGCAGCUGCAACUGUUAUCCUCGGAAAACCUGCCUACUUUCCAGGGAAUGGAGCCGUCAUCCUCCGGUGCAGCUACCCACGUGACGGCGGGCAAUGGUACGCGUGACGGCAUGAAUUCACCGGAGAGGGAAGUCAGCGAAGGGAUCACAUUGGUGUCCCCGGUGGCUGGUGUUUCCCAGUCUCCGUGCGCCGAACGCAGGCGUCGCAGGCGGAAGUCGCCUUUGCUAACCCGUGCAGUUGAGGUGGUGGAAGGCAGCAUGACUUCACGGGAGUUGACAUUUAUGACGCUUAAAAGAAGGACAUCUGCCCGCCACCGCACAUACACAUGGGGUACAAAGAGAGGCACCGCUGAAAAGGAAGCGGACAGUGCGGUUUGCUCUUUGUGUGGGGAGGAAGAGGACGCGUGCGGGAGCUCUGAGAUCGUCGAGUGGAUAAGUUGUGAUGUUUGCUUGCGUUGGUUUCAUCAAACCUGCGCUUCAUACCAUGGGGAAGCGGCAUAUACAUGUGCGCGUUGCUGUGGAGAUACACAGAAAUAGUAAUGGAAUACCGCAUGAAUGAACUCUGCAAAUAGAAACCGCUUGCAAUCGGUAAGUUCCCACGGCAAUGCCUUUCUUCCCCAACUGUAUAUGUCCUUGACUAUUUUGUUACCUGUGCUACGUUUGGCCUGGGUGUUAUUCAUCGUGCCUUGUGUGUUCCAAUUACAACGCCGCGCGCUGUGAUUGUAAGACACGGAUGGUUUGUUAUGUAGCUGUUUUAAGUGGUGUAUAAACGCACGUGCUUAAACUGCUGCAAGAAGUGCACUGGUCCGAAGCUGCUGCGGCUGAUUCCAUUCACCGGAAGCUUCUGCAAGAGCUGCCGGUGUAAGUGACGGGAUCGCUGACCAUGGUGUUUUCCAUUUCACUUGACAACUGUACAUUUACUUCCGAAUGGAAGGCAGCGGACAAUGGCCACCUGACGGUUGUGCUUUUGGUUUACCUCGAAAUCAUUUGAUAAGGUACCCCGAUUGAGGCUAUCACAAACGCUGAGGUGUUACGCUCUGGGACUGGUCUACUUUGUGCCUACUGGCCAUCAAUCGGCGUACGUGUUCCGUCCUUCGUUUUGGAGCAAACUUCCCGCCUUCGAGCUACGUACUCCGUGAGGCGGAACUCCCACUUGUCCCCAACCAAGUACACCUAGGUGUCCUUCAUUCCUCUGUUUUGCAUUCUGUUGACAACUGGAAAAAUGUCGCUAGUAAGGGUUUCAGAAUGUUGCGGUUGUAACGCCGUUCUUUC